CAGUUCAGUAUCACAUUGUCAGUUGCGGUGGUAUGUUGUCGCGCAGCGACCGAAUCCGUAAGCGCGUGUUCAAUCAAAAACUUUAUUAUAAAAACAUUGAAAUUAACCUAAGUGUGUAAAUUAACUAAGUUUAACAUACGUAAUCCAGUGUAAUAUCAACUGUAAUGUGUAUUCCGUACAAGUGUUAUUAACUUAUUAAUAGAAGUUGUAUUUUCAAAAUAGAAUAUUGGUGAUGACUGACGAGGUGCGUGUUGGGAUUGUGGCGAUGUUUGUUUAGUGUUUAUUAGUUGUGAUAGGUUUUAAUUGACAUAGUGAUGGCGGUCAACUUGAGCUUGUGUUUACUGCUUGUGGUGUACCGGGUGUCGACGGUGUACGCCGAGAGCUUGGAUGUGACUUUGACCGAGCCAAAACCCGAGGUCUCCGAAGGCGUGCGGUGCUACUGCAACACGGCGCAGUGCGUGAGCACGGGCUACAUGUGCCGGUCUACCCGUGGGGGAGGAUGUUACAGCGAGCUGCCCGCGCCGCGCCGCCACCACGCCAGCCACGGGUGCCUUCAACAUCUUGCUGACACGGCCGAAGAAGCAGUGUCCCGUUGCCAGAACUCACCGUCAUCGUCAGCAGACAUACGACCGCCUUCAAGGGAGCAUUCUCUGCUGCUGUGCUGCUUUAGGGACCUCUGCAACCAUGAGGACAGCCCGCUCGCUCGGGCUAGGCUCAAUCUGACUCAUGAUUCAGAAGGCAACACAAUAGCCAGCGACUGCGGCGCCAGCUACAACAGCGAAGUGUGGUUCAAAGCGGCCACCAUUGCAGUGCCAGUGUGUGGCGCCAUCAUUCUGUUUCUGCUGGUGGCGGUGGCCGUGCGGUUGCUCAAGGCGGACGCCUUGCUACAUGCGGAUAGGAAGCUUAGAGGCGGCUACUCUUCCCCGCUGGCGCAGCACUCGGAGGACGUGAAGAAGGUGUGGGUGGGGACCGCGGCGCCGCUGCUGGUGGCGCCGGGCGGCUGCCUCGUGGCCGUGGAGCGCGCGCAGCUCGUCGACGUGCCCGCCUGUGAUAUACAGCGAUAGGCUGCUCGUGUACAACUGGCCUUAUGAACACCGUACGCACUAAGCGCCACUCGCACCAUACCACUAACCUGAGGUUAACCGGUUAAACUGGUAACCCAGUGUCAAAUUGUACUGGUAACCAUGGUAACUCCAGGUCUAACCGGUUAACCCCAGGUCAGUGAAUAGUGCAAGUGGCCCUAAAGGGGUCUGAUGAUGUAGAACUGCCCUUAUGAAGACCGUACGCACUAAAGAGGUCUUCAAACUUUUUGAUCUGAGUGCCAUGGCCACGGCUUUGUAUGCCGGGUUGUACCUACGCAAUUUGGCUCUCUCUGCGGAUUAGCAAGCUUGCGAGUUUGGAGAACCCUGCCUAUUGGGGCAGUGCCUCGCACCCUUAAGGUAUUUGAUACUAAAUUGAUACUUCGAUUGGCUAAUGUACACCCAAAUCUUAUUUUGUACAGAUGUAGUGCGUAAUUGUUUUCCAUCGUAUUUAUUUCGGAAACGUUCGUAUUUGACAUGCUAAUACCUCAGUCAACCUCGGUACUUUUUGUACCGAGACUGACUAAAAUAGCAAGACACAUUCGUACCUACAUUUCCGUGAAAAUACGAUGGAAAAUAAUUGUGCACUACAUCGGUGCCAAUUUUGCACUAAAAUGUCAGAUCGGUUGGACAAAAAGAAACAAUCGAACUGACAUAUUUCCCGGAUAAGAACCGUAAAAAUGUGAAAAAUAAAUUUUACGACCCCGGUUGCCAGGUUGACUACCAUCGUAUGUUGCUCAGCCAGGUUGUUUAAAAAAGAAGCGACGGUAGGAAUAGUUGGUAGUUCCUUUUCUAAAUCACAAGUGCGUAGGUCAUAGUGUUCAUAAUCUGAAGUGUCGGUUUUAUGGAAUAAGAGGAGCCCAUCUCUGGGUCGCGCUGUUAUAUUGGAUUAUGGUCUGAGUGGAUGUGGAAACGUUUAUCUUUUUGCUUACCAGCAGGCGGGCCGUAUGCUUGUUUGCCACCGAUGUGGUAUAAAAAAAGUACGCGUAAAUGCUUAGUUUUUCUUUAAUAAGCGAAUGUAAAUAACUAUUUUGAUGGUAUUUCCAUUGCUUUUACUACACCUCGUUUUUUUUAGAUUAGAGUUUUUCUAACCUCAAAAGUUGACGAGAUAUAAAGUGAGCCGAUCUUAUUCAAACUUGUUCGAGAGAUCGGCUCAAUUUUUCCUCUCGAAAUGCAAGGGUUCCUAUGAUAUCUAUAAUUGCGGUACAAUAAUAUGUAAACGACACUAUAAUUCGGUGCAUACUUAGUUACUCAGGUUUAAUUUGGGAGGAAAAGUUACCACUUCUUUUGAGGUUAUAAAAUUUCCAAUCUGAAAAAUUCCAUUGUCUCGCCAUCAUAAGAGCAAUGGCGACUACAUCGUUUAAAUCCCCCAUUCGGUGGAGAGAUGAGUCUGUGUUCUUAUUAAAAGAAAUAGAACCGCAAAGGGCAAUUAUUAGGUACCAGUAAGAUGCCUUUAAAUAAUUUACAAGCACCUGUAUAUCUUAAUAAUUCUCAUCAUACUUAGGGCAUACUGAAAAUUCCUGGAACUGGCCACUUAGAAAAAAUAAUAACGAUUUCCUGUCCACACAAAUUGAUCUCAAAAAAAUGUAUACACUUUGUCAGUAACAGCGCGGCCCGAUGACAUACCAAAACAACUGUGUAUAUAUCUUGUAUCGUUUAUAUAUGCGCUUUGUGUUCCUUUAAUAUAGUAUAUGUACCCUUUUUAGGUUUAAUUGAACUAUCCAGGCCUGUUAGUCACUAAUUUUUCGAUAUUUAUUUAUUUGGAUUAGAGUCUUGAUACCUACAUUUCCAGUGGCUAUUGUGUCUAUUUUAAGCCUUGAGAAUGUAAUUCAGUAACUGUCUUCUUCAAUUUAUUAAUUAUUUUAAACCCUUAUCAAUAUAAAACACUUAAAAUUAUUACAAGGUUGUUUACGAUAAUUGUUCUUCUCAGCGAAUUUUGAAAUACAUAUAUUGUCAAUCUAAAUAUUUUAAGUGUGCCCCUUUUAUCAGGAUUUAUUAUUAUUUCGUGAAAGUAAAUUAUGAAAUCUUAUCUUAUCUUUCUUAUGUGACUGGCUGGGUGGUUCUAAUGUACUAUCGACUGACUUUCCUUAAGAAUUGUGUAAAGCGUGAAGUAUGUAUUCAUUUACUGAUAAUAGACAACUACAUGUCCAAUGCAAUUCAAUUUCUGGUUUCAUUUACGGAAAUAUUUUAAUAAGGUAAAUAUUUGACACCGUGUCAUGACAUUUUAAAAUCGAGCAUUAUGUCAUUGACGUCACUGAAAUUGACGGCAAGUUAUUUAAACCGAUUUUUUUUUAAUUAUUGUUGAAAUAUUUCCGUAAAUUGAUUUAUAUUCUUAGUUUUUCCCAUGUUAGUAGGAACAAUAUAUAAAUUUCAUUUAAAUUCUUAGACCUACAUUGUAUACAUACUUUUGCAUGCAUUUCCUUUCCCAUGUACAUGACUGUAUUGUAUAAUGUGUAAAUAUAGUAUAUGUUAAGUUGUUACCUGUUACCUAUAUUAUAAUCACAAUGAAUUAUGUAAGGUGUUUCUGAGAGUUAAAUCCAUUUGGAGUUUACUAGUCUUUUUAUUUAUCUGAUUUUUGCAUUGAUAUGCUAUUUUAUACUAUAAAUUAACUCCUGAUGGAUUUUGCUUGUGGUCGAAUUAAUGCAAUAGAUACCUUUUAGAUUUACAAGCACACGUUAUUUAGGUCCAGUGUGAAUUUAAAUUUAUAUUUUUAAGAAUUAAUUGUGCAUGUUUAAUUGUAAAUAAAAUUGAUGUUUGUGAUUUUUUUAAUGAUUAUUUUAGCACAUGACAAAAUUAUGAAAAUUAUAUAACACUCUUGCCAAAUUGGCGAUUGUCAAUACAGACACAUUUUUAAAUAAAAUUGUAAAUAAAUUGUUCCAAACCGUAGGGUCAAAAAAUUGGCCUCUAUAGGUAAAAAAAUGUGCGACAUUAAAAGAGGAAACUGUUAAAGUAAAUAAAAAUAAUUUAUAAAAUCAAAUCGGAUUUUUUCGGGUUAAAUUGUAAUUAGUACAUAUGUAUUAUUCGGUUGUAUGCAUUUUUACCAUGUGCUGACACGUAAUAAUAGAGUGACCUAUUUCAAUGUAAACCCAUUUUCAACCGUAUUAAUAUCAGUUUAAGAUUGCGUUUCGUACAAAGAUUGUUAUUGAGUUAUGUCCAUUUAAACGUGUGAUAUUUCUUCGACCAUACACAGAAUAAUACCGGAUGCUUCCCAAGGUGCCUUACUGUAACUGUAGUCAUACAUUAUGUAGGUGCAAUUAUAAUACUCCGUAAGCCUACGAUCUUAUGUAAAUAUAAUGUAAUGAAUUGUGUAAAGUUAAUAAAAAAGAAAUUAUUUUAUUACUGGA